AUGGCAGCCAACGACGGCGGCAUCUUCACCGCACCUACCACCACCAGCACAAGCGAGAAGAGCCGAGAAUUCGGCUUCAACCCCCUCCACAAACAAGUCGUGAAAGGAAUGUGGAUCGCUAGUAUUCUCGUCGAGAUCCGCUCCAUCUACCGAACCAUAGAAUUCAGCAUGGGCGUCGAAGGCUACCUCUUCCAACACGAGUGGCCGCUCUGGGUUUUCGAAGCGGUACCGAUGUGGUUGGCCUUGCUUGUGUUGGGGAUCUACCAUCCGGCCAAGUGGCUGCAGCAGAAGAGGAGGAGUGCCUUUCUUGAUAAGAGUGAUAGACGUGUUGCGCAGGCGGGUGCUGUUGAUUUGGGAUUACCGAAGUAA